GCCGUAUUUACAAAUAGAGGUGUCGUUCAAAGUGUCGUCAUCAGCUGUUCGAUAAGGUGCGCGCGUCGUUUCCCGAACAACCCAACAACUGCGGGUGGCUUCUGAGCGUCGGCGCGCCCUCUGUUAAUCUGUGGCACAGGAGCGCGCCGCCUGUUCAUCGUCGUGGAUCGCCCGUGCUCGGGUGUCGUGGUUGGCGGUCGGGUCUUCCAUAUACAGUGACAUUAACAUGAAAGUGGGCUGGUAGUACACUGGUUGAGUUGAGUGUUCAUAUUCACUAAGUUUAUGUGUAUGACAUAACCAAGCCACGGGAUAACCGUACGACUAGCCUUCCGGACAGUGACGUGCACUAAUGGGGGAAUUUAGUUUAAGUGGCAAUACGAACAUCGGGUUAAGUGCAGUGGAGAUAUCUGUGAACUCGUCAAAAACCAAUCAAAAUACAAUUUUUUAUUCGAAUACUCCGACUACAACUAACAGCAACGGAACAGAAAUACGCAUCCAGACGAAGAGUUAUAGUGCGAUAAUGCAAGAUGACCCCUCAGACAAAAGUGUGGCAGCUGUCAGUAGCUCUACCGCAGAUGAUUUGUCACUCGUGGGCGAUGCGAUUACUACGACCAAUACGACGUUGGCCGACAAAAGCGGUUCGCUAUCGCUUCCCGCCAAAGAUACAGAACUACCAUCUAAUACCACCAUAAACCAUCUUUCGGAGAAGUUAGACCAAGUAACAUCUGUCAGUAAAUCGGUACCGUCACUUCCGGCAUUCUUUCAUCCUGCUGAACCAGCAACACCGGCAGGUGCACUUUGGUCGACAGCAAUUGAAGAUGGAUUCGUGCCUAACUUAGCUGGAGUAAAUGGCAUGGGGUUCCAAAACUUUCCUUCUCCGACUCAACAGCAACAGCUGUUCGGAGGAAAUAUCGGUCAAAAUCAGGCCAAUCAGACGCGAAGGGCUAUAACCGCUAGUCACAACUUCCCUCCGCAAAUGGGACGACAACAAUCACUUUCAAAUCAUCCCUUAUAUGCAAAAGGUUUCGGUUCGUGGACCGGUGCACCCUCUGGACCUCCGGGUCAAGGCUGGAACCACAACGCUAGUGCAGCUGCAUCUGGGGGUUCAGCCUGGAACAGAGGUCGUAGCGUUCCUAAUUUAACUCCUUUACAACAAAUGGGAGUAGGAAUGCCUCCCGGUAGGAAACCGAGUCCUACUUUUAAUCAACCUCAGCAAGUCAUCUCUCCUGUUAAGUUUCGAAGAAGUACUUCAUAUCCAGGAAAGGGAACUUUUCCCCAACCGCCUACCUUUGAAAUCACUAAUAUGGACGAAGUUCGAGAUUUGCUGCCAUUUCAGGAUCGUUGCGGUGUUGUUAGUGCAAAUGGAAAUAGCCCUUUAGAAAAUAUGAGAGGUCUGGAACACUAUUUAAAUGAUAUUAUGAGUCCACAAACCAACGCGACUGAUUUGAAAGGUAACAAUUUACCUAGUUGGAACGAACCCCUAAAUGGAGCUGGCGGCUUUAUAAACACAAAUGCUUUCCCUUCACUACAGAUACAUGGCAAAUCUCCAUACUUUCCAGGAUUAGAUGACCAGGCUGGAACGGUACUAUUAGAAGAACCAACUCAUUUGGUAGAUGGCACACUUGGUACUCAACCUCUGAGUUCGCCAUCCAGAUCAUCGCCCCACUCUCAAGGAUCAGAGGGCGGUGAAAGAUUUUCGAGAAAAGUUUUUGUAGGUGGUCUUCCUCCGGAUAUAGACGAAGAUGAGAUUACAGUGAGUUUUCGGAGAUUUGGACCCUUAGUGGUAGACUGGCCUCACAAGGCAGAAAGUAAAUCAUAUUUUCCCCCUAAAGGAUAUGCGUUUUUGUUGUUUCAAGAUGAAAAUUCAGUUCAAAGUCUCAUCGACGCAUGCAUAACCGACGAAGACAAAUUGUAUUUGUGCGUUUCUUCGCCCACAAUCAAAGAUAAACCAGUACAAAUUCGACCAUGGAGGUUAUCAGACGCUGAUUUUGUUUUGGAUGCGUCCAUGCCCCUUGACCCCAGAAAAACCGUUUUCGUUGGUGGUGUUCCACGACCUCUUAAGGCUGUUGAAUUAGCAAUGAUAAUGGAUAGGCUAUACGGUGGUGUGUGCUAUGCUGGAAUAGACACGGAUCCGGAGUUGAAAUAUCCAAAAGGCGCAGGCAGGGUAGCGUUCAGUAAUCAACAGAGCUACAUAGCAGCAAUUAGUGCUAGAUUCGUUCAGUUACAACAUGGAGACAUCGAUAAGAGAGUUGAAGUUAAGCCCUAUGUACUAGAUGACCAAAUGUGUGAUGAGUGUCAGGGACAGAGAUGUGGUGGGAAAUUUGCGCCGUUCUUUUGCGCAAAUGUUACUUGCUUGCAGUACUACUGCGAGCACUGCUGGGCCACGAUCCAUUCAAGGCCAGGUAGGGAGUUCCAUAAGCCCUUGGUUAAAGAAGGAGCAGACCGGCCCCGUGCCGUACCCUUUCGUUGGUGUUAACGCCGGCGCGCAGCAGCUGCGCGUGCGCCGCAGCCCCUUAGCUUAUUACCACACUCUGGCAGCGGCCCCCUAGGCGAAAUGUUAGUACAGUAACUCAGUACCUAUUUUACUACAUCACAUCUACCUUUGAUGAUUUCUUUAACACUUAUUUUUUUUUGUAAUUGAUUGUUAAAAGUUAUUGUAAAUCAGAAAUAGAGCUGACGUCUUCCUUCGUUUAGAGAAAACUUUGAAGAAUGGUAAAAAAGAAAUACAUAUCUGAAUGUGGAGAAAAAUAAUUCAAUAAUUUGAUUUUGUGUAUUUCAUCAAAGGUAGAGAGAAUGGUUAGUUAUGGGUCAUUUAUCUAGUAGCAAUUAUACAUAUACCUAUUUAAAGAAUAUACAAGUAUAACCAAUUAUCUUCUGUAAAGUGGGGCAGGACGAUAGCUUCACGAUUUUCCUGCACUAGUAAUCCUAGCGUUAUGACUUCUUAGGCCUUUUUUUUUCCUUAUAUGACUAUAGGGCACUUUUCUUUGAAUUUUCACAAAUUAGCUUUAAAGUAUAGGUAAUCAAAUAUACAUAAGUUGAUAACAUAAUUAAGUGGUUGUUUAUCUACCUACGUACACUUCUUGCAUAACGUACUUAUUUUCUAAAUUCCAAUAAGUAGGUACAUAUUUUAUACCUAUACUUGAAUGUAAUCAAUCAAUGUUGAAGUUUGUUGAUUGAAUGGACUAUACCAAUAACUUGGAUUGUAAUUUUAUUUAAAGGAAGGAGCAUUUCCAGAAAAAAUUGUAUUUCAAUGUUUUUUUUUUGAAAAAAGUCUUACAUAGAUAGUUAUUUUCCUAUUUACUUUUCGCAAAUGGUAGCAUGCUUAUUGCAUUCAACUAUUUUGUAUUUUUUCUUUAAAAAUAGAUUCGACAAUUUGUAAAAAAUACAAACCUAGUUAUUUAUCAUAAUCAUAAGUAUUAUUCCUAUUACCUAAUUAUUAUUAUUUUUUAAUGGAGUGUGGUAAUUCUAGUCGUCAAAAUUUCCUAUAAGCGAUCUUUAGAAAUCGAUUCUAAAGUAUUGUGCCUUUUGUUAACUAUAUUUUUUAUCUUGGUUAUAGAUUUUUUUUAAAUAAAUUUCAGAACUAUUUUUCUAGUUGAAUAGAUUUUUUCGUGUUUUUUAAUAUGCGUAUAUAUCUGGGUACUUUUUUAAAAAAUACGUACGCGAGUUACCUGCCUUCGGGAUUGUCCACUACAGGGUAUCACCAAAAGUUUUUGGGCUUAAGAGAAAAAAUAAAGCACUUAUUAAAAUGUAUAUUAAUUCUUUUAAAGAGCUAAAUAUCAACAAGGCCUUUGAUUAAUUGACAAAAAUUGCGGAUUUAAUGAUAAUUAUUGUAAACAGCACCCAUUUGUCUCAUUAUAACUGCUAAGGUAUUAUUUCUACCAAUUUGUUUUCACAGUCAAAUUUCUUUAACUUAUGAAUUAUUAUGAAAAUACACAAAAAAAUUAAAUUAUAUUUUUGGUUCCUUAUAGGGAGGUACACCGGAAGUCAAUUGAAUAUUACUGUGCUUGGACUACACUAAUAACUUAUUUGUUUUACGGUUGUUUAUGAACCUUACAUAAUAAAAAAAAAAAAAAAACAAAGAGCACCACCCUGUACUUGUAGGUUUACGUGAUAACUGGACAAGAGGACAAAUUCUACAAUAACAACGAUAACAAACCUUACUACUUUUGAUAAAACUUCAACUAACGCUACUAUUCUUCAAAUUUUGAAAAUUGAAAGCAAAAAAUUAACUCAUACCUUUAGCACCUGCUGCAGAAAGUCUUGGAACUAAAAUUAGGGUAGAAAAACUAAACCCAUUGAAAUGCAGUUCAAGCGUUGAUUGGUUCAAGUUAGCGAUAUUUCCAAACUCAGAGUUGAUAUCGCACAGGAAAUAAUUUUGCAUGAGCCAAGAAAGUUCGACUGUGAAAAGCCAAGACUUUUAAGGCUUCUUGGUAUUAGUAUUAUCGCCAUUUUUGUCAAUUAACCAAAUUUUUCAUCAAUUCGUUUUAUAUUUAAAUUAAGUGUAUUCUUAAGUAAUUUUUUUUAAAGUAUACUUAGAGUAAGUAGGCAAAUUUAGUGGUAUUAAAUUAUUAUACCUCGAUAAAUAUUACAUCAAAAUUUAUACGAUUAUUUAAAAUAAUAUUAGGCAAAUUUUCUUAGUAAAUUUUUUUUCUAAAUAAAAUUCUAUGGUACACUUAUUUUUGCUGACCGUGUACCCUUUAAAGGAAAAGUGUCCAAAAGUCAAUAACAAUUAUUCGGCCAUAAUUUGAAAGGUUAACGCGGUGCAGUCAGAUUUUUUUCAGGGUAUUGUAUAUACUAGUCUAAUGAAAGCGGAUACUGUGCAGAGACCGUCUAGCUUGAUACCAAAAAAAUCGUCCAGCUCAAGUACCUGACUGGAAAAAAAAACUUUCGUUUUUAUAUUUCUGCUGCCCUGCCAAUUUAUCUAGCCUCCCUUAUACUAUACUGUAGACAAGGGCAUGGUCUUCAGUAGGAAAUAGCUUAUUUUAGCCUUUAUAACUCCUAAAUUUAAGUGUUGAAAUUAAAACUAUAUUUAAUCGAGCUGGUCUUGAUUAGGAACAACUCGUAAAAUAAGAGAUAAAGAAAUAUAUCCAUGGUGAAAGAAGACCUGCGUCUGACUUUUUUUUAUUACAGGAAAUUAUAUGGUAGAAUUUUAUAAGUGGAUAUUUUUUUAAUAUUUUAUAGAAAAUUCUUUAUAAAUUGAAAACUGCUGAAAUGGAUUAAAAAUUCCAUGUUACACCUUAAGGCCUAGUUAACCUUAGCCAAUCGAAUAUUCAAUUUAAUCGUAGGAGUAUUAGAGGCGAGUAGGUAGGUACCUAAAGGAAAAAGCAAUUCGGGAUGGUUUUUACCUUGUUUUUCCACUCAUAGGUACCUACCGCGUAAUAAAAAUACCCAACAUGUCCCAUGACUAAAGUAAAUUAGGCUUUACAGCAGUUUUCUUGCGGCUAUUUUGCUACUUAUGCUUGCAAAAUGAGAUUGACGUUCUUCUAUAAAAAUAAGGAAAAAUAAAUUUAAUUUCGACUUAUAGUAGAGUAAGAUAUAUAAAAUUGACUGGAAAAAUCGUAUUGGUAAAUUUUUUAAUGGAUAUUAAUUGUAGAUUCCUGUCUCGUGUAGCUAUUAUCUAAUUUUGUCCCCUGAGGUAAAAAAUGUGCCAUUGCGUCAUGCACAAGUUCUAAAAUUCUCGAGUUGUGCUAUAGAAUUGUUUUUUUUACCUUUAAUCAUUAGAUAAUAUUGGAUUUUUGAAUUAAUUGUUUUUUUUUUUAGAUGGUCUGUUAGGUAGGAUUUUUUUUUUUAUUUAAUCUUGAAUUAUUAUAAUUUUUGCAUGUUGUUUUUUUUUACAUUGGCGAUUAUUCCUAUUAUAUUAUUAUCAUUAAAAUAAUUAUCGUAGAGUUUUCGCAACUUUUUUAAGGUUUUUUGUACAGGUGUUUUAAUUUUUUUAACGUGGGAUAUUUAAGUAUGUGGGUUUUUUUUUGUUUUUAUAUUUUAUAUGAUGAGGACAACAAAUUUUGAUUGGUUUGGGAAGAGACCAAUCAACAUCAACCAAUCUAAGCAACAUUUUUUACGACUUUUUAUGGUUAUUUUUCAAUAACAAAGGGCUUCAAGUUUCUAGAAUGGAACAAAUUCCUUCAUUGCAUUGUUUUUUUGAACUGCAACAUCCUUGGCUAACAAGAAAAAAAUCUUUUGCAAAAUGUAGGUACUUUUUGACACGUAAAUCGUAGCCUCCUUGAUCGGAGAUGUUCUGCUUUUGAGAAAAAAAAUGUAACACCUCUUUUACACGUCUUCAACAAAAGAGCUGAAACAAUCUAUUAUCAAUAUUUUUUUGACAUAAAACAACAUCAUGAUUUGGUGAUGCAAUAAAUCUCAAAAUUGAAUGUUUGGUAGUUUUAAACAAAUGGAUAAAGUAAAUAAGCAUUGCCAAUGACAAUUUAGAAAUCGAAAAUCCAAGAGAUGGACAUUCAUUUUUUUUUUUAUUCAUGUGAUAGUUUGUUGAUGUUGAUUGGUACGUUUUGUCUCUGAAAAAAAAUAAACUGAAGACCAUGUAGCUAUUGACCAGCUUCCGCUAAGUGUCCGCCAUGAUAACUGCUCUCCUUAUAACAUCCCUCAUUUUAAUGUGUGAUACCAAUAGACGUUUUUAAUGUAUUUAAAUCAAUUUGCACGGAUAUGUAUAGUAUAUAUAAUAGUAUCAGCUACUCUAAGACUUUGUAUUUUUUAAAUUUGAAUUUUUAUACUAAACUGUUAUAAAUGGUGAUUAGUAAAAUUUUGUGUGCAAUAAAAUUCAGCCUCGGAAAGGCAUUUUUUAGAGUUUUACCGUUUACUAUACUUAUUUCUGAAAAAAAAAAAAAAACGUUUCUUAGGAAAUUGUGUACAUAGCAGACCAAAGUGGCGCAUAUUGCAUCAGGCUGGGGAUGUAGUUAGCCAAGGUUCAAAUUAUUACGUACUUAUUCUAUCUACAUAAACAUAAUUAAAAGUGGCUUAAAGUCCUUAAUAUUUAUUUGAGUAAUAUCCUUGUUUGUGUUCCGCUUGAUAUUUCGACUUUAAUAGGUACAUUUUUACAUAGUGCAAGCUUGAGCAUAUUAGACUUACUUACCUAUAAUAUAUAAAGAUAUAAACUUUCCAGUUUUAUUGAUUUUAUUCAGAAAAAGAGUUGAUGUUAAGGUGGAUAUUCACAUUGAAAAGCAUUAGACUUAGUAAUGAAAGUUAAAUUUCAUAAAACGACAAAAUAAUUUGACGCUUUUGAAUGUGGUGAUAAUCAUCAUUUCUACCAAAUAGAAAAUAAAUACAGAAAUCUGUUGAAUUAUAGCAGAUUGCCUGUUGUGAAAAAAAAUAUGACCAAAUAAGUCUUCAAUAAAUUUAUACAUACCUAAUAUAUCUAAUAAAAUUAUUAUUUAAAACAAAUCGAGGAUAUUACUUCAACAAAGUUAGGUAGAUUAACGCUUUAAAAAUUGGAACCAUCUUACAAAAAUGGUACAAAAAAAAUGUGUAUGUAUUGAUAUGAUUUGUAACAAUUUACACUUCUUUUUCUACUGUUUGUAUUCGCUAAAGAACGUUGUCUAAGAGAGUGAGAAGGACAGUGAUAGGGCAUUUGUAUGGUACUUUUUGACUUUGUAGGCCAUUUAUUGUCAUUUUAUCCCCAUUUAUCCGUUUUAUGAGAUUUAGAACUUCGCGCUGUCGUCUGGGAGUAAUUAAUUUUAACUAGCCCAAGCAGCGCAAUGUUUCAUAUUUUUAAUAUUGUAUAAGCUCUGUAUUUAUUGGAAAUCUUUGAAAGUUUUAUAUUUUCCACUUUUCAUUACUGUUUUAACCAAAGUAUUUAGUUGUUUACUAUUCUAUUCUAAAUUAAUUGAAAAACAGACCAGUGGUUGCAAUAAUUUGCGAUUAACAGCCGGAAUUUGUACCAUUUCCCUAAUAAAACCUCCAGUUUUACUAACACUAUAACGUGAAGCCUUUUCGCCAGAAUUUGUUUUGUAUAAUAUAAGAUUCAAAGAAAUUAAGCUGGGUCCAGACUUUCUAACAAAACAUGUUAAAAAAAACAAAGUUGUACAAAAACAACUUUAUUGUGUAACUUGUUAUAAAGCAAUAACAUGUUAGGUGACCACUAUAAACUUAUAUAAUAAACCAUUGUUAUAUGGUGGCAAUUUUUCAUGGCUUAUUUGAAUCAAUAACCCGUUUUUUUUUUUUUCGUUUUUGAGGAUUGUUUUGAAUGGGAUUUGGCUGCUUAUUUCAUGCAUAGUUACCCAGAAUACCCAAAGUUAGUGCAAUAUUCAAUUCGGCUCGGGCUGUUUCCUUGACUUGGCAUGGGAGCUCGAUUGUAGGGAUAGUCAAUUGUUUCAAACUCUUAUUGUUGGUCUAUUGGUUAGUUCGGUUUUUGUCCGUUAUCAACCAAUGACUUUUUGAUUAGCACCAAGUAGAUUUUUAUUAUAAUUAUUGUAUUAUUAUUUCUUUUGUUAUAUUGUACUCUACAAAAUAUUUAAAUUGUUUUUAUAAUUAUUUUGUACACUUUUAUAUGUUUGUUAGCCAAUUUUGAGGUAAGGUUUGUAAAACUUCUUGGGAAGUUCCUCGUUUACUAUUUUGUUAGAUAUCAGACUUUUUAUGUUUUUUAUAAAUACUAUAUAAAAUGUCAAUUUGUGUUUAUUUGAUAAACUGCUGUUAAACUUC